AUGUCUCCACCUCCAACCCCAAAAAGCCAACGACCAUUCCUCAUCGCCCUCUCCGGCCCCACCUCCGCAGGUAAAACCACCAUAGCCACUCUCCUAACCUCCAUCUUUUCCUCUGACCCUUCCCCCUCACCCACACCCACCGAUUUCGGCUUCACGCUCCUCCACGCCGACGAUUUCUACAAACCCGAUUCGCAAAUCCCAACGCACCCCACUGGGGUACAGGACUGGGAUUGCGCAGAGGCGCUCGAUGUGCAUAAGUUUCGGGAUGUGUUGCUGGACUUGAAAGCUGGAGGUGAGGUGCCAAAGGGUAUUCUCAGCCAGGGAGGGUUGGAGGAUGGGGUCCAUGGAUCAGCUAAAGGCGCUGACUCAAGAAGGGAGUUUGUGGAAAGGAUGAGGGGUGAAGUUAGUGCAUGGCCGUCUCAGCUGCUAAAAGGCAGGAGGGUCGUUUUGUUAGAGGGAUUUCUACUCUUUGGCCACAGCAUCAAAGACGAUAUUGGGGUUUUGUUCGAUUUGAAGAUCUUACUCAGAGCGAGACGGGAGAAAGCUAAGGAGAGGAGGGAAGGCAGGAAUGGGUAUGUCACGCUUGAGGGGUUUUGGCAGGAUCCUGAGGGAUAUUUUGAUGACGUCGUGUGGCCGAAUUAUGUGAGGGAGCAUGCGUGGUUGUUCGAGGGUGGAGAUGUCGAAGGCAGUGUGUCGGCUGGGGUGGUUAAGGGAUGCGGUGCGGGAGAAGAGGUGGAAGUAGGGCCGGCAGGGGAGGAAGAGGUGGAGGAGGUCUGCGAAUGGGUGAUUGGAUGUAUGAGGGCAGGUCUGGAGAUGAAGGUGAAGAGUUAG